AUGGGGUGUUUAUCUUCCAAACAGAUCAAGAUAGAUCGCAAGAGAGAUGCUUUCUAUGGCACUAAUGGCGGAGGAGAUCACAUCAACCAUGUUGUUUCACUCACUUCUUCCACUUACGGUGCUCUGAAACUUGACCAUGAUCAACCACCACCACCACGGCCGCCGGAGAAGGUAUAUCCGUCAUGUAGGUCUAUCAAGGAGGAACUGGGGCCGCCGGAGAUCAUUAAUGCUUGGGAGCUAAUGGAGGAUCUUCAAGAACUCGUACCGGUUUUGAUUCCGCCGGACAAAAGCGCUAGAUUUCUUGGUGGGUUUGCAGAAAUUGAUGCCAAAACUCCAUUAAAGUUCUUGAAUCAGAUGGGUUCUCCAAAGAUGUUGCAGAAGUUUUCCGGCAAGGAGAAUAACAGUCCAAAAACUAGAGUCUUAAAAGCUUCAUCAUUACCCCCAAAUUUAAGAAUUUCGAAAAAGGGUAGUCCUAAUUGUGUGAAAUCCCGUGGUUCUCCUGUUGAUUCCGGUUUGAUUUUGUUGCGAAGAAGGAAUCUUGGACCGCUGUUUGAUCCCAAUCAUGUGGGUUCAUUCAAGAAAGAACAGAUCACGCAAACGGUUCCGGGAACACCCGCAACCCAAAAAUCAAGAAACUUCAUUGAUUCAAAUUCGAUUCUGGAGCUAUACGAGAAAAAAUCCCCGCUUGGCGGUUCGGCCGCCAAUGCUGUGGUGAUUUACACCACCACGUUAAGAGGAAUUCGUAAAACUUUCGAGGAUUGCAACACCGUCCGCAGGAUCAUCAAAUCACACGGCAUUCGGAUGUUCGAACGCGAUGUUUCGAUGGAUUCAGGGUUUAAGGAAGAAUUGAGGAAGCUAAUGGGGAAGAAAGAAGUGAAGGUGCCUGUGGUGUUAGUGAAAAGGAGAUUGAUAGGUGGAUGUGAUGAAAUAGUGAAGUUAGAAGAGGAGGGUAAAUUGGGAAUUUUACUAGAUGGGAUUCCGCCGGCGGCGGCCCACGGUUGCAAGGGGUGCGCCGGCGAGCACUUUAUUGUGUGUAGUGUGUGCAAUGGGGGUUGUAUGUUGAUGGGUAGAGAUGGAAAGAAGACGUUAAAGUGUAGAGGUUGCAAUGAGAAUGGAUUGGUUCAAUGCCCUAUUUGUUGUGAAAUUCUAUGAAUUU